CUAGGUCCCUACGAUUUUGAAACUCACCUUCGUUGAAACAAAGAGAGACGAAAAGCGAGACUCGCAAGAAGACCAAAGAGAAGGGAUGCUUUUCGCGCGUUACGCGAGAUCUAGAAAGAUAUUUUUCAUCGCGUCGAACCGCGUAUAAACGGGAAACGCCUAAAAUGUCCACGAUGAGUGUCGUCUCGAACUCUUCCGUCGAGGUGGACUCGGAUUCCUCGAACGACGUGUCGAGCAAAGACGACAGCAGUGCCGAAAGGAAGUUUAUCCUACGCAACGAGCUAUACAACAGCUUGCUGGCGAGCGCGUUAGGCAAAACCGUGCUCAACAGGCAUCUCAAUUUCAAAGAGCAGGGAAUUAACUUCAAUCUAGCAUCCCUGAAGGACAACUUAAAUGCGCUCGGUGCACUGAAGGAGUUAAAGGACCUCAAGGGCUUGACCGUCAGCAGUGUGCCCGCCUUUCCGAGGAAUCUAGCCCUCCAUCGGGAAGAUCACGAUGAGAAAAAUUCGUUCGCAUGGUCCGAGGGUGGCGAAGAAGGCGGCGGAGGCGGCGGUGGAGGUGGUGGAGGAACGGGUGGGACCGGAACAGGUGGUACGGGCCCAGCGACCACCGGUGGUGGCGGACUGGCCCAUUGGGUCAGUGUUAUGGCGGAGCACAUUCACAAUCCGCACUCAGCCACUGGCGUCAGUGUUCACCAUCAACAACAAUCCCCACCUCAACCACCUUACCCAUGGAACAAUGGCCUUUCCAGUGACCAAUGCGCCCCGCACGACAAGGAAAGCGACUACUGGGGUGGCGGCCGGGGCGCGAAACAAGGUUACGAGCACUUUCUGUUGCAGGCGAAAAUGAACGCGGACCAUGGUCAGCUGCAGAAAGGCGAUGAGCAGUAUCGGGGCGCCGGCGGCUCGAGCAGCGGAAGUCCGCCAGCCAGUCUUCUGGUUGUUCCUCAGCCACUCACCGUAAAACCCUCCCAUCCGUCGCAUCUGAAUUCACAUCUUGGUGGGCCUCACUCCCAUCCACCGAGGAAGUACCAAUGCAAGAUGUGUCCGCAGAUGAGACAUCUAACGGCCUGCAGCCGUAAAAUAGACGUUCAGUCCAGAAGCGCCGAGGGCGGCGGGGAGAAAGGAGACACGAGCGAACGAGCGAAGAUGGAGUGA